AUGCAUUCAGUACUGCAUGAGCUAACGAAUGAAGAAUUACGAAUGAUCGAUGAUUUACGAACAGUUAUACCAGCACUUCAAACUGUUAAUGAUGGCUAUAUUGCGAGGUGGUUACGUUCACGUGACGGACGUUUCGAUGAAACCGCUGAUGCAUUGAAGAAACAUGUGGUAUUUCGAAAAGCGUGGGAUCUCGAUAAUUUACCAAAUUGGAAAGCACCCGAAAUUCUAGAAAAAUACUGUGGUUAUGGAUUCUUAUCAGAUAAAGACGGUUUUCCAAUACUUAUGUCUUUAUUGGGUAACAUGGAUGUUGAAGGAAUGUUGAAAUCAGUGCAAUCCAGUGAUUAUAUCAAAUAUUCUCUCGCUGCAAUUGAACGGGGUAUACGACUAUGCAGCGAUAAAUCCAAAGAGACCGGUCAUGCAUUUGAACAAAUGAUGAUUGUAUUCGACUUGGAUCACAUCAGUAGUGCACAUUAUUCAUGCAAAGCAUUCGCUUCUUCUUUCACAACACUUAUUUUACUCUUUCAAGAGCAUUAUCCAUUGGUACUGAAAAAAAUUCUUAUCAUUCGAGCACCUGAAAUGGCUAGAGUUGCAUUUAAUACAAUGACCGCAUUUUUAACACUAAAACAAUAUGUUGAAUUGGAUUCAUGGCCUGUUCAUUGGGGUGGUAAACUGUGCGAAAAUGGUGAUCCAAAAUGUCCAUCUAAAAUACGGUACGGUCUUGGACCAAUUCCUGAUACGUAUUACAUUGAUCCGGAUGAUGCGAUGCCUGAUUAUGAUCAACUUACAACUGUUUACGCCGGUGAAAAACAUCUCAUUGAGAUUAAAGUUGAAGCGAAUACAAGAAUUAGCUGGCAGUACAUGACAUCGGAGGAAGAUAUUGGUUUCGGUAUACACUUCGAUAAAACGUCCAAAGCAAACAAUUUAAUUGAAAUGGAAACCGUUUUCCCAUAUAUUAGGUUAGAGUGUUCACAAGUGCCCAUAUCUGGAUCUAUUCUAUGUGAAAAAGCUGGAAGAUAUAUAAUUGAAUUCGACAAUUAUUACUCAUGGUUCUCAGCAAAACAAUUGCGUUACAACAUCGAAAUUGAUCAGCUGUAG